UCCGGUGUAAGACCAACAAAGGCAUUUUGAGAGACUGCUAUAUGAACCAGAAGAGCAUGACGAAAAGGUAAAUGACUGCAAUUCAGAUGACUUUUCUAUGUGGUGUCAUACCAUCCAGAAAUGGUAUCUCUUGGACGAAAAAUGUGCAUCAGGCAUUUAUUACCAACCUACCAGUGAAGAUAUAAACAACACUGCGUCAAACUCUUUCUUUCCUUCUGAUUCUGCCAUGGAACACAUAUAUGAAACGACAUAAAAUGAAUAUGGUACAAUGCUAUUGAGACAUUAGACCAUUCUGCUGUGACAACAAUUAAAUGAAUAAUCAUCAGAGGUUUACCCAUGGAGAAAACAAAUAACAAGUGUGAUAUCUGUGAUAAGGUGUUUAAUUCUCAAGCUCACCUGCGUAGGCAUCACAGAACACAUACAAGAGAGAAGCCCCAUAAAUGUGACGUCUGUGGUAAGGGGUUUAGUCAGUCAUCUAACCUACAGAGACAUCUUACCACACAUACAACAGAUAAGCUCCUCAAGUGUGAGGUGUGUGGUAGAGAAUUUCAUAAUUCAUCCCACCUACAGGCACAUUUCAGGGUACAUACAGGAGAUGUAGUAGAUAAUCUCUACAAGUGUGAUGUCUGUGGUAAGGAAUUUAAAUAUUUAUCUCACCUACGUAUGCAUCACAGGACACAUACAAAAGUUAAGCUUUUUAAGUGUGAUGUUUGUGAUAAAAAAUUCAGUCAAUCAUCUAGCCUCCUGGCACAUCACAGGACACAUACAGGAGAGAAACCUUACAAAUGUGAUGUCUGUGGUAAAGAAUUUAGUGUGUCAUCUAGCUUAGAGACACAUUUUAGGAUACACACAGGAGAGAAACCUUUCAAGUGUAAAGUUUGUGGUAAGGAAUUUAGUCAGUCAUCCUAUCUACGGCCGCAUUUGAUGACACACAGUGGAGAGAAUCCUUACAAAUGUGAUGUUUGUGGUAAGGCAUUCAAAAGAAAAGAAUCACUAAAGAGACAUUUCAGGACACAUACAGGCGAGAAGCCAUAUAAAUGUGAUAUCUGUUGUAAAGGAUUUAAUCAAUCGUCGCAUCUACAAACACAUCUCAAGACACAUACGGGUGUUAUAGAGAAACAUUUCAAAUGUUUUGUCUGUGGUAAGGAAUUUAGUAAGUCAUCUAGCUUAGAGAUACAUUUCAAUAUACAUACAGGAGAGAAGCCUAACAAGUGUGAUGUAUGCGGUAAGGGAUUUAGUUAUUCAUCUAGCCUACAGAGACAUCUCGAGACGCACACAGGAGAGAAGAUUUACAAGUGUUAUGUCUGUGACAGAGAGUUUAACCAGGCUACAGAUCUUAAGGAACAUUACUUGAUACAUUCGGGAGAGAAACCUUAUACAUGUGAUACAUGUGGAGAAGGAUUUAUUCAGUCAUGUGAUUUUCAGGCACAUCUACAGACACAUGUGGCAGAGAAGCUUUACACAAAUGGUAUCAGUGGAGAAGGAUUUAUUCAGUCAUGUGACUUAAAAGAACAUCUGGAGACACAUAAUGAAGAAAAGCCUUACAGCUCCGAAGUCUGUAGUGAGGAAUUUAGUGAGUCAUCUAGCUUAGAGACAAAUCUCAAAGCACAUACAGGAGGGAAGCCUUACAGAUGUGAAAUGUGUGGAGAAGGAUUUAUUCAGUCUUGUGACUUUAAAGAACAUCUGGAGACACAUAAUAAAGAAAAGCCUUACAGCUCUGAUGUUCGUAGUGAGGCAUUUAGUGAGUCAUCUAGCUUAGAGACAAAUCUCAAAGCACAUACAGGAGGGAAGCCUUACAGAUGCGAUCUCUGUGGAAAGGAAUUUAAUAGGCGAUAUUCCCUACAGAUACAUAUCAAGGUACAUAAAGAAGGAUAUAAGUACAAAUGUGGUGUCUGUGGUAAGGAGUUUGGUAAGUCAUCUCACCUACAGGCACAUUUUAGAACACAUACAGGAGAGAAACCUUUCAAAUGUGACGUAUGUGGUAAAGGAUUUAGUCAAUCAUCGCAUCUGCCACCACAUUUAAAGACGCAUAUUGGAGAUAAACGUUACAAAUAUGACGCCACUGGUAAGGGAUUUCACAGAAAAGAUUCUCUGCAGGGGCAUUUCAAGACAAAUACAGAAGAGAAACCUCACAAAUGUGAUAUAUGUGGAAAAGGAUUUAGUUAUUCCUCAAGUCUACCGUCACAUUCCAGGACACAUACCGGAGAGACUCCUUUCAAGUGUGGUGUUUGUAGUAAAGAAUUCAAUAGACGAGAUUCCCUGAAGUUACAUUUCAGGACACAUACAGGUGAAAAGCCAUAUAAAUGUGAUGUCUGUGGUAAGGAAUUUAGUCGAUCAUCGAACCUACAAGCACAUCUCAGGAUUCAUACAGGAGAUCAAGAAAAGCCCUACAAAUGUGAUGUCUGUUGUAAGCAGUUUAUUUCUUCGUUUUUCCUAAAGACACAUUCAAGGAUACAUACAGGUGAGAAGCCAUAUACAUGUGAUGUCUGUGAUAAGAGAUUUAGUUAUUCAUCUAGCCUACAGAGACAUCUCGAAACACACACAGGAGAGAAGUUUUACAAGUGUGAUAUCUGUGGUAGAGGAUUUAAUCAAUCAGUUGACCUUGAGGAACAUAACUGGAUACAUACAGGAGAGAAGCCUUACACAUGUAAUAUGUGUGGUGAGGGAUUUAUUCAGUCAUGUAACCUUCAGACACAUCUCAAAAUACAUACAGAAGAGAUGCUUUAAGCUCGAAUAUUCUUCGAAACUGCGUGAAACGUAAUCCUCUUGUGUUGGUUGCACUUGAUGUGAAGUGUGUUUUUUUGCGAAAUGUUGGCUGUUGCAGCAUACUUGGACCCCUCUUAUUUGUUCCCCAAAGAAAGAUUCGAAACUGAAUUAUGUUUCAGUAUUACUCGAUCCACGGUUUUAACAAGUCUACCAAAUGGUGGCACUAACUCACUGUCAUUGGCGAAGUUAAAUACUAUUAUUGGUGCUAUUUUUUAUGAUUGUUCAAUCUGAGUUGAACAUUGAAGUUCUUAAAAUGAGACUUUGAUAUCAGUGCGGGUGUAGAAUUCGGUAAAGGAUUGCGUCAGCAGAUCUACAGACAUACAUCAUAACACAUGAAGGAAAGAAAGCCGCUGUACAAACCUGUACAGUGUACGUCAGAGAUGGAGGAUUUAAUCAAUCACCUUGCAUAUAGAUCUCGUACAGGGCACAAUAGCAUUCAAGUCUUACGCACAGACGCACCUGCAAAAGAACACCUUCUAAAAAGAUUUUAAGAAAGCUUUCAAGUGUGGAGCACCCCUGUACCCCUUUCAUGUCAGCAGGAGAACAAUCCUUCCCGAACCACAGCUGUUUGACUACAUGUACCUCAAGCUA